UUCCGGAAGAGCAACUGGUGUGACUUUAAUGGGCAAGGAGGAAGAGACGUUUGUUUAGGUUUAGUCUCGGCAACACGUCUACUUUUCCCUUAGCCUGGAGUAGGGUUUCUAUUAUUAUUUUUUUUCAUCGUUAAAAAUGCCUUUGUUUUCCCAAAACCCCUUCGACCAAGAUGUCGAGAAGGCAACAAACGAAAACAACACCACAGACGACUGGGGGCUCAUUAUGGACAUUUGUGACAAAAUUGGAACGACGCCCAAUGGACCAAAGGACAGCUUGAGAUCCAUAAUGAAGAGAGUCAACCACAAAGUGCCCCAUGUUGCCAUGCAGACUCUCAAUCUGCUGGGUGCUUGCGUAUCAAACUGUGGCAAAAUAUUCCAUUUGGAAAUUUGUUCGAGGGAGUUUUCUGCUGAAGUUCGCAGCGUGUUGAACAAGGCCCACCCUAAGGUGUGUGAAAAGCUAAAGGCAAUGAUGGUGGAGUGGGCAGAAGGCUUCCAGAAGGAUCCCCAGCUCAGCCUGAUUGGUGCCACCAUCAAGAGCCUGAAAGAGGAAGGGGUCAGCUUCCCAGCAGCCACCUCACAGGGAUCCAGCACAAAGGUCAGCACACCCGCUGCGAGCAAAACACCAGACGACGAUGACCUGGCCAAGGCCAUUGAGUUAUCCUUACAGGAACAGAAGCAGCAAGCAGAAACGCGACCUCUGACCCUGACCACUGACCCACCAACCAACACUGACGGCGGCGGAGGGCAGGAGAUCCGAAAAGUGCGCGCGCUCUACGACUUCGAAGCAGCCGAAGACAACGAGCUCACCUUCAAAGCCGGAGAACUUAUUAUAGUUUUGGACGACAGUGAUCCAAAUUGGUGGAAAGGAGAAAACCACAGAGGAGUCGGGCUUUUCCCCUCAAAUUUUGUCACAACCAAUUUGAAUGCCGACCCAGAGCCAGUGGCUUACGUCGAGAAGUCGGCCACUCCGGAGGAGACGAGUCUGGAAAUCAAAGCCGAGCCCGAGCCGGUCUACAUCGACGAGGCGAAGAUGGACAGAACGCUGGCGCUCCUGCGGAACGUGGAUCCCGCAGAUGCGACUCCUGACUCCGCAGAGCUGAUCCAGCUGGAAGGUGCAUGCGAACAGAUGAACCCGCUGAUCGAUGAGAAGCUACAAGAGAUCGACAGGCAUCACUCGGAGCUGUCAGAACUCAAUCUGAAAGUGAUGGAGGCCUUGGAGCUUUACACCAAGCUCAUGAACGAAGCCCCUUACUACGCCGCGUACUCCAAGAUGCAGACGCAGUACGGCCCACCUGGCUCUUCUGUUCCCAUGCAGGCUUACCUCGGACCAGCUGGUGCCCCGUACCUGCCUCCCGGCGGUCCCCAGGUUCCUCCUGCGCAGCCUUACUCUCUGCCCAACGACCAGCCUGGACCGCUGCAUUCAAUACCCCCCACCGUCACAGCGCCCCCUAACAGCCAGGCUGCUCAGCCUCCCUACAUGAGCAGCGGGAUGAACUCCCAGUACAUGACCCAAGCUCCCGGUGCUCCUUACCCGGGCCAGGGGGGCGUGGCCAUGGAUAUGUCAGCCUAUCACAACGCGGCUAACAUGCCUCCUGUGUCUUACCCUGUGGCUGCUCCUCCUCACCAUGCCGUUCCUCCUCCACCUCAACAGCAGCAGGCGGCAGCGUACUACCAGCAGCCUUUGCUGUAAACCUCUACAUCCACGCAGACCUUCAGCUACACUCUUCUAAUAUUCCAGUUUUUGUUCAAUCAGUUGAACUGUAUAUGUUUGUUUUUGUUUUUCUUUGCUUUUCUUUGGCCUUAAAAUGUUGUCGUUGAGGGAUCUGAAAUGUGUCCGGACGAGCACCCGAGUCAGGAGUCAGCUGCCGUCUGCGAGGCAGAACACAAAACACUGUUAUUUAUCUAACGUAUUGAUUAUCAGCAUUUCACUAUUCAUAGUUCAGCAGAAAUACUACUUCUGUACAGUGCUAUUUUCGACGCGAGCUUUGAUGAAUUCCCUCUGAAUGUAACGUUUGUCGCUGGAGACGGGGCGGUUAGACUUCAGACGAACGGGAGCGACGCUUAUAUUUUACCUUCACUCAGCCUCGUUUUGGAUCUCACACAAGGAGAUCGGCGCAGCAGCUGCAGCCCUCUUCUCGGCAGUGCGCGGAUUAGGCUCUCGGCCUAAUAAAAGAACACGCACGGGCAGGAAUAAACCCAUCCUCACACUUCAGGCAACGCGCAAACAGAACACAAGCCUUGGCAAGAGCAAAAUAUAUUGGCGAUUGGCAGGGGGUUAAGAGGGCGGCGGUGUACUUCGCUCCCGACGUGCGAGCCGCAUGACGGCACGCUGCAGCCGGAACGCGUCUGGUACAGAAAGCGGCCGGCGAGGGUAAACAAAGCAGAAAACACCAGAUGUACGUGGGCAGGGAGAACUGGGCUCUUCCUAAACAACAAGGCGAUGCGUGAAAAACUGUAGCUGCAAGAUGGGCUAAACGGGGGGAAUUUCAGGUUUAUUUGCAGCAGCUUUCCUAUAUGUUUUGAGCUCCAGUCCUGCUUUUUUGUUUUUAAUUCCGAGAGUAUGUUUAUGUGAAGGAAAAUUAA